UCCUGAAAAUUUCAGUCAUUAUUUUUUACAAUAAAAAACCAGAUUAACAUUAAUUUUUCCGUUAUUAACCGUGUAAGUGAAUUGAAAAUGAGUACCGUGAAAGUUAUUUCUGAAACAUUUGUUGACAAAGAAAAGAAAGCUGACUUGGAGACCCUCGAUACAGUUCUUGAAGUAAACGAAGCUAUUGGAAGUGAGAUUUUCAAUCGACCAGUUGAAGAAAAUGAUAUCGAAGAGAUUCCUCCUAACAUAUUUAGUCUAAAAGACAUAUUAGAACCAUUAACUCUGCAAUCUUUGAAUAAUGCAAUUUAUGAACUCGGCAUUAUUAAUUUGUGUUGGCCUGAAAUCACAGAACCCGUGUUUGAGACCAGAACUUGUUUUCCAAAAAGCUACUAUACCAAUAAUAAUAAGGAAAGGCUCAUUUUGGCCUACGCGGAAAAUUUUCGACGUCAGUUUCUGUUUCAUUAUAAAUUACGGAAACCAAUUUUGUUGCAGGCGCCAAAUGAGUGUGGUUUACAGAAAAUGGUAUGCACCACAAUUCGACCAACAAAGCUGUGCUACGCUGAUACAAAUACCUGGCAAGGAGUAGCAGCAUUUAUGGCAGACUAUUUCGACUUCGAACCUCUCAACAAACCAAUGCUGCACCCAGAACGAAUAAUGUCACCAUACACAGUGAUAAUAAGACGGAGUGGUAAUCCUUUCGAGCUAGCUCACGUGUUAGUGUCAUGGCUGGUGGGAGCUGGCUACGACGCAUAUGUAGUAGUGGGUUGCGCCAAACGAGAUCUGUGCUUGGCCGUGCGAUAUAGAUCGCUGUGCCCAGAGAUACCAGAUGAAACUGAGGUUAUUGAAGAGCCUCCGCCACCAGAGGAAGAGCCGCGGUACCGUUUAGUACCUCUACCAGAUAUGACAUCAAAAUAUUGCCGGGACAUGGAUAGAAAGGCAGCCGAGAUGCGGCAAGCUGAACUAGACAAGGCGGAGAAUGCGCGGCUGAAAAAAAUUGCGGAACUUGAGAAACCACCGGAUGAUCCGAUAGACGGCUGGCGUACUCACGCCUGGGUCCUUAUACUGCCAGGGUUCAAGGGUAUUGAAGAGCCCUUCUUUAUAGAACCCAGCGAGGGUAAGGACCACCCGAUCAGCGCACCACAGUACCAAAAGCUGGAUAGUGUAUAUAAUCAUGAGAAUUACUAUGUGAAUCUGCAAGGCUGCGAAGAAGGCCUAGGAUCAUUGAACUACGAUCUAGGAGAUAUAAGUUGUUGGGAGCACAUGCUUGCCGGUGAGCCGAACUAUCGACGACAGUUUGUUGGCAUUGACCUCGCGGAUAAGAAGACGGCCUAUGAUACUGAGAAGCACAUGUGCGUGCCCGCCAGCUGGGUUGAGAAGUUGGAUGUAACCGCUGACAAUUAUGAGCAGCGCUACCCCGGCAGCCAUAAGGUGAUCCAUUACAAGAAGGUAUUGCUUGAGAAAUUCGCCCCAUACUCUGAAAGAGACGGCGUUAUCAAGAGAAUCAAGAUAUUUCACGACUACGCACUUACUGUCCCUUUAUUAACAUAUGAAUGGUACAAGCACAGAGUUGAUAAAAUGGAGACAAUGAAAUUGGAUCAUCUCAGCAAAGAAGUGCGGGAAACAUUCAGUGUUGGAAGAAGGGAUAACUUAAUAAAGCACACAUACUCAUUAGAAGCGCCAAUCGUAUCCGUGGAAGGCGAAAGGACUUUAGAAUUCAACUACUAUGCCAGACUUGAUCAUCUCGCGAAGCUGGAGUGCACCUCAAGGACAUUUGACGAAUAUUAUACGAAAAGAAUUGAUAGGCUAGAAUCACGGAAGAUAACCUACUCGGAGCCGACAAAAGCGGAACCAAAACGUCAAGUCAAAGAUAUCGUAGAGACCUAUUCUAGAAACUACAAUAUACCAUCGAAAGACGACAUUUGGAAAAAAAUAUUUCACCUUCCCGAUGAAACAAUUCAACUUCUCUACCAUUACGAUUAUAAUUUCGUGACAAAUAACACGAGACACUUUUUAAAACCGAAUCUGGCUGAGACUGGUGGAAAGAUUCUGUUUUAUCCUGAUAAAACGUCCGGCUACAUUGCCGACCCGUGUGCCAAACAACCUCGACCGUUAGACGUGUAUUACGCUCUUUGUGACAACAUGGAGUGGGAGAACAAGUCACGGAAACACAUCCGAGAUAGAGAGACAGAUAUAAAUGGAUAUUUAAAGCAAAGACAUAAAGAAUUAACCGAGCCAAUGUUGGUAGUAGCUCUCUUCGAUACUGAAAGAAAUGAGGCUGCUAAGAAGGGAUGGAAAGAACAGGAAGCCCAAAAAGCAGAGGUAACAGAACGUGAAAAGGAAGCGGAAAUAGAUCCAUUGGCACCGUACUUGGCCCGGAUGUUUGGGUCUGGUCAUGGAAGUGGAGUGCCGCUUACAAUCAAAGAGGCUACACUGAUUAGGGAACAGUGUCUCAACGAUUUUAAAGCUAAACAAUUGGCGAGGCAAAAUCUUGUUCAGGAAAGAUUUGAUACGCUCAAUGGAGAGUAUAAAGCAAAGAGACUAUGGUAUCUCGCAAAUCAGUUUAUUUUGACCCCUGAGAAAGAGAGCGCCUAUUUUGCUGCAAGUGCUGAACUGGCCUUCAAAGUACACACUCUUGAGGUCCGACUUACACGUCACAAGGAUCUUUCGGCUCCUCGGUUUAAGUACAUGGAAGAGUACUUGUCUAAACACCCGCUCCUUAGAGAAUAUAACAGGAUGAGACAUUAUUAUAGACUUAAAUAGUUUAUUUGUUAAUAUAAAUUUUAUUUUAUAAAAUAAAUGAUUUAUUUAU